UGUCUUAUCAGUGUUCACAACUUUUUUUUCUUAGAAAGUUCUCAGAGCUUGUUGUUUUCAUUUCUUAGACCAUCUGCAACGGGAGUACAUUGAGAAUCCUUAGCAUUUUAACCUAGGCAAAUAAGAGUAGAAUAAUAUUAUCUAAGCUAAAUAACCUAAGGAUCAAUCCUUAACUAAGGGAUUUAAGGAUUUGAUCCUUAGGACAGCUGGCAUGUGGAAUUGGUGUGGCUGAUGUUUUGUGUUUCGUGUUGGAGAAAAAAAAAAAUCAUUCUCCGGCAACCCUCCGCCUCACUCACUCGUCUUCUUCUUCAAGUCAUCUCCCUUGCAACCCAGUGAAAAAAGGCUCGAGCUUUAGUAAACAAUGGCUGCUUCUUUCCCAAACUUUAACUCUGACUCUGGAUUGAAGAAGCUUGACGAGCAUCUCUUGACUCGCAGUUACAUCACUGGAUACCAGGCUUCAAAGGAUGACAUCACUGUCUUUACAGCUCUUGCAAAGCCCCCAACUUCACAGUAUGUCAACGCAUCUCGUUGGUACAGCCACAUCGAUGCCCUCUUGAGGAUUUCUGGUGUCUCUGCUGAAGGAAGCAGUGUCAUCGUUGAGGGAUCAGCCCCAGUGGCAGAGGAGGCUGUUGCUACUCCCCCUGCAGCUGAUUCUAAGAUCACACAGAAUGAACAAAGAGAUUCAGAUAAUGCUGACCAAGCUAAGGAAUGAGAUGGAGGCUGCAGGUUACAAGUCCAUUUGUGAGUGAUGUAAUGGUUUUCAACAUGUAGCUACCAGCGUAUUGUCCUGUACAAAACCUCUUAUUGCUCAUUUUACCUCCCUGUGAGUAUUGAUUCUCUUAUACUUGGGUUCCACAGUAAAUUAGCAACCAUGUCUUUAUAUAGAUCUAGUGUAACGAGCUGUGAUUUUUGAGGUUGCUUGUGCUUUGCUAAUGGCUGGCGAGAAUUUGGAAAACCAUGUUGAUGUCAAGAAUGUUCUUGUUGACAUGGGAAUCUACUUCCAAGUGCAGGUAGAAGAGUUUAGUUGCUAUGUAUUUCAUGAGUGCUAUUUGAUGUCAGGAAGUAAUUCGUUAUCUAUUUGUGUUACAGAACUCAGGAAGCUUCUCCAUUUGUUGCAUCAUGUUCAUUAUGUCAGAAUCCAUAGAGAAUUCCAAAUACCCUGUUUGAACUUCUUGGGUGUUUUGUGUUAUAAUGUUAGGUGCUCUGCUUUCAGUGUGAAUAAACCAGCCUCCUUAAAUUAAGUUGUGAUUAUCUCUUUUAUUUUGUUCUUGUUCUUUGCCAAAGCUUUCUUUUUCACAAGUAUUAAAAACUCCAAGUUGGAGAACACCAUUGAACUUCAAA